AGAUUUUUGUUUGUGUGUUUUUCAGAACAGUUGUCAUCUAGAUUGUGAGGAUGAAGACCCUUACGCUGGCAUCACUGUGUGUUUUGGUGUUUCUUUCUGACUCGGUGGCGUCCGGUGCUCUUGAUCUUCUGCAGGACACUGCUGCGAGUUGGACGGGGAGAUUGCCGUGUGGUGGAUGGGAUUGUGAAUGUGCAUUCAAAGGACAGCAGGGUUGCUGUUGUGCUGCAAAGCCACUGUUUGAUCUGGAGGAGUUCACCUUCAUGCGUAUGGUUGGCUUGUGGGAUGGACUUUCUCGCCUUAACAGUCAAAUAAAUGAAGUGACAGCUGGAUGUAAAAUAGCCUUCACUGCUAAUAUUCUGCCGAUGACCGGAUGUAUCGGGCCUUUCACCAGCAAUGUGUCCAUCUCUUACCAGUCUGUGUCACUCAAUCAAGGCAAUGGAUACAAUCCUGCACUGGGUAUCUUCACAGCUCCGCACGCUGGCCUCUACUCUUUCUCCUUCACCGCCUAUUCCAGAGUCGGUGAUACAGAUCGACUUUACCAGAAGAUGCAGUUGGUAAAGAACGGUCAGGUGAUCGCUUCGUCCUGGGAAGAUAACCGUGAGGAUUCAGAAGACAGCAGUAGUCAGACUGUACUUCUCAAGGUUCAGCGUGGCUCUCAGGUUUACGUCGAGCUGCUCUCAGGCAGACAGCUGUGUGGAGAUACACAGGGCAGCAAUGCAUUCAGUGGAUAUCUCAUCUAUCCAUUCACUGAGGAAUAAGAGAGAAACCUUUAACAUGUAAUACAUAUAAUGCUUUAUUAUACAGUAAAAAUCACACUUAUGACAGCGCUUAUGUAACAGUAGACAUUCUUUAAUAUAAACUGAUGUGCAAAUAAAUCUGUACAAAUGUAAAUCUGAAA